GAUAUUGUUUGUGCAACUCUUUAAAUAUUUAACAUGUGCUUGCAUUGUAAAAGCGGGGUUAAACGUCAAAUCCGCUAGAUGGGGGAGUUCAGUUUCUCACAACCUUUCAGAGGCUUUACUGUAACCGGCUAUUUUGUCUCUUACCCUUAUUAUGCUUUAAGUCAAAUUUUUGAUUUAAUUGUUCCUUUUAAAUUCUAGAUAUAUUAUAUACUUUUUGUUUAUUGUGCUAUCAAAUUUAGGUGAUAUUUCAACAAUGGCAAAUUCAAUGACCAGAAUCGUUUCAGCUUUACUCAACAGCAGCAAAGGCGCAGAGAAAUUACUUACUAGCCGUUUAAUCCAUUCAACCAGUCCAGUGUACAAUGCAGAUGUGAAAGAAAAUUAUAUAAAAUGUACUCUAAUUCCUGGAGAUGGUGUAGGUCCUGAAUUGUGUCAAGCUGUUAAAGAAGUUCUUGCAGCCAUGCAAACUCCGGUUGUAUUCGAGGAAAUGUUUUUAAGUGAAGUGAAUCCAACAAUGAGUGUCCCUCUCGAACAGGCUAUCAACUCUAUCCACAAGAAUAAAAUUGCUCUGAAAGGGAUUUUAUCUACUCCUUUUAGUAGUUUAUCUGGUGAAUUACAAUCGCUGAAUAUGAAGAUUCGCCGUCAAUUGGAUCUUUUUGCUAAUGUGGUUCAUGUAAAAAGUUUGAAUGGAAUCCCAACAAGACAUAAAAAUUUAGACUUUAUUACCAUUCGAGAGCAAACUGAAGGUGAAUACAGCGCAUUAGAACACGAAAGUGUUCCCGGUGUCAUUGAAUGUAUGAAAAUUAUUACUGAAGCGAAAUCACGACGAAUUGCCAAAUUUGCUUUUGACUAUGCGACAAAACAUGGCCGUAAAAAGGUCACUGCCGUACACAAAGCAAAUAUCAUGAAAUUAUCUGAUGGACUUUUCCUUAAAUGUUGUGAAGAAACAGCUCAAUUGUAUCCAUCAAUCAAAUUUGAUUCAAUGAUUAUUGACAAUACCUGUAUGCAGCUGGUUUCACAUCCACAUAAAUUUGAUGUCCUCGUGAUGCCCAAUCUUUAUGGUAAUAUUAUUGAUAAUUUAGCUUCAGGUCUAGUUGGAGGUGCUGGAGUUGUUCCUGGAGCAAGUUACAGCUCUGAUUGUGUCAUCUAUGAACCCGGUGCAAGGCACACUUUUGGUCAAGCUGUCGGAAAAAAUAUCGCUAACCCAACUGCAAUGAUAUUAUGUGCUACUAAAAUGCUGUGGCAUGUAAAUCUUCACAGUUACGCAAGAAGACUUACUGAUGCACUUGAAAAGGUUAUUAAUAGUGGUAAAUCCAAGACUCGAGAUAUGGGAGGUUAUGCCAGUACCACUGACUUCACAAGAGCCGUAAUCAGUAACAUAUCUUUCGAGUAAAAUCAGUUUUAGGCAAAGAAUAAAAGAAGCUCAAUAAGUGAGCUUGAUAUUAUGAAAACAGACAUUGUUCGUGAUCAUCAUCCUUUAUACAUGAAAGUUGUGGCCAAAAUUUUUACAAUGACUUGUAUUUCCAUGACUCUGAAUAAUAACUUUUUGCUAAUUUA